AUGGAGUCCCGUCAACGGCUAAACCAGGACGAAAUAGCUACAAUUUUAGAAAAUGAUGACGAUUAUUCUCCGCUGGAUUCGGACUCCGAGGAAGAAGAUCGUGUAGUUGAAGAUGACGUCUGGAGUGAUAACGAGGACGCGAUGGUCGAUUUCGUUGAAGAUACAAGCAGGCAAGAGGACCCCGAUAACAAUAUUGCUUCUCGGGAAUCGCCUAAUCUUGAGAUUUUUAGAUAUGUCAAAAUUGCAGCACAAUUACUACUCGAUGAUACAGACAGUCCUGAAUUGGUGACUGGACAGGAAAUUGAAAUUUUAAAACAGUUGAUACCAUUAUUACAACCUCUCGAAUUUGUCACAAGGGAAUCAUCAGGCCAGAAUUAUGUUACCUUGUCCAAAAUCAUACCCAUGAUUAAUUGUCUCACAUCGCAGCUAACGAAAUUUUCAUCAUCAAUUGAAUGCGUUACUCAGUUACAAAAAAAACUACUUUCUGAAUGUAAAAAAAGAUUUGGUUUGAUUGAAUUUAACACACUUGCAGCGUUGGCAACAAUUUUAGACCCACGAUUCAAAAACCUUCAUUUUCAAGACGCAAAUGCAUGUGGCAGGGCAAUACAAAAACUAAAAAACAUUAUUAAAGAAGAUAUAACCAUUUCAACCAGUGGGUCUGAAGAUGAAAUCGCCGAAGACUUUGAUUUUUGGUCACAUCACAAACAACUCGCAGUUGGCCAGAAGCGGAGGCGUGCUUCCACAAAAGCCGAUGAAGUAUCGAUUUAUUUGGCUAAUCCAGUCUGCGCUUUAAAAGCCAACCCAUUAGAGGAAUGGGAAGAUUUAAAGCCCGUAUUCCCGGCGUUAUAUAAGCAAGCACGCAUUUAUUUGAACGUAGUAAGUACUUCUGUACCUUGCGAAAGGCUGUUUUCUAAAGCUGGCGCAACAGUCACUGUUUCCAGAAAUCGCCUAACGGGUAAACAUUUGGAAAAAUUCAUAUUUUUGGGAAGCACUACAAAAACAGACUUUUUUUCAUAA